AAUGGAGAGAGAGAGAGGAGGGGGUGACGGGAAGAUCACUGGAACAGCACUCAUAUGAUCACCACAAUGGCUGAGGAGCGACAGCCGCUGCUCUCAGGGACGUCGAGUGCACCUCCUCACCAGCAGUACGGUGGAUCAUCAGCACCUGCAGGACAUGGGGCCACUGAGGGAACCAUUGUGUCUCCAGUGGGGCCGGAUGAGCUGCCGCCGCCCUACACCCCUUCCUCGUCAGGUGUGCCUAUGGUCACUUGUCGGGUGUGUCAGGCCAUGAUUGACAUCUCGGGGAAAGUCGACCAACAUGUUGUUAAGUGUAACCAGUGCAACGAGGCAACACCGAUCAGGAACGCUCCGCCAGGGAAGAAAUAUGUCCGCUGCCCUUGCAAUUGUCUGCUUAUUUGUAAGAGUUCCUCUCAACGAAUAGCUUGCCCCCGACCAAAUUGCAAAAGGAUUAUUAAUUUGUCUCCUUCACCAGCAAACCCUUCCUUGCCCAAUGUUCCAGGAAUGUGUAGAGUUACUUGUGCUCACUGCCAUGACACCUUCAUAUUCAACACACUUAACAAUGCGCUUGCCAGAUGUCCACACUGUAGGAAAGUGUCGUCAGUUGGUCCCGAGUUUGCUAGGUGCCGAGGGAUAGUGUUUGUUGUUGUCGCCUUGGGCUUCUUGGGAUUAGGAAUUGCCCUCACAUGUACCACCAUAGGUUACACCAAGAAUUACCCUGGCAUCUACGUAGCAUAUAUUGUGGCCUUCCUCAUCUCUGCCAUCCUCUUCUACCGAACAAUCUAUUACUGCUCCAUGAAGAUCAGUCUCAUCGAGGGCCCAUUAUAAGCUGCAUGGAGGCACCAGUGCGGGUUUUGUGAGUAAUCUGCUACUAAUUUCUUGUUACACAUUCAUGAAAUGGUCCGGAGGAAAGGGAGUGAUGGCUGAUCAAGAAACAAGUACCUAAUACAUUUACUACUUGGCUUCUCAUUUAUGAAGCAUUCUUGUUUUGUAGAAAUGGUUGGUGAACAUGAUCCACAGUCAGUUUCUUGCUGUAAAUUGAUAGAUACUUCUUUUUUUUUAGUAGGAUUUCAUAUCUUUCACAAAUGCCAAAGGAGUUUGGGAUCAUUAUUGCCGGUCAAAUACUAUUUUGUAUUAUAUUUGUCUGUUGUCUUUUUCCUUCAUAUUUUAUUCAGUUUUGAAAGAAAGAAUGAAAAAUGCAAUGCAAUGUGUCCCAAUUUUGACUAGUUGAAGUUCCACAACUUGCAUGCUUGUAAUUCAUAGCAACUCCAGGUGUGGUAGACAGUUCAAGACGGAAGAUAAUUUUUUUUAAAGUAAUAAAUGACCAAUGAAUACAAUGAUUUUAAAACACUUGAUAGCAUUUAAAUAAUUAUGUAUGUGUAUAUUAUUAACAACCAUUAAUUUAUAGUAAUACACAUCUACCUGUAGACUUCAAAAUAUAGUAAAAACAGAAGUUAUUUAAUCUGAGAAAUUAAAAGAAGUUUACCACAUUGCUGAUUAGCACUGAGAAACUUUCCAUUUAAAUUAUGUACUGUUAUUUAUGUAUCUGCUAAGUGGUAAGGAGAGUCUGACCUUUGAUAUCAGUCUGAGCAUUGACUACCGGGAGACUUGUUGGGUAUGAAGUGCGUUUCAGUAUAAGUAGGUUUUUAAAAAGUCACUGUAGUAUAACUUAAGUCUAGAAACCUGUGAUAAGUGAAGAUCUUAGGAAGCUGUCCUCUAUGUAUUGUAGCUCCAGUCUGCAAGUGAAGUUCUGAAUUCUUGAAUAUCCUUGUCAUAUUUUGAGUUGGUAGAAAGCCUUCAUGCCAUACACAUUAUAACUCUUUGCUUGCUCUGUGGAACUACUACUUUGGGAGAAGAUUAUUCAUAUUUGUGGCUUAAAUAUUUACAGCCAAGUUUGUUUGAGAAUUCAGCUCACUAUAUUAUUACAUUUUUCAUUAUUAUUAUUAUGAUUUUUUUUCCUAUUAUUGUCAUCAUGUCAUUAUGAUUUUUGUUUUUGUUAUCAUCAUCAUCCAUAGCAGCUUUUGGUAGUCAGUGAGUUCUUAGAUAUGCCUGUCUUGUCUGUAAGUGUUGUUUUGUUACCAUUAAUGGGUUCUCUAGAUCACUACAGAAAUCCUUCCAUGAUAGUGUCCACUAUAAAGGACUUUGGAAUAUAUAGUAUUAUCAUUAUUAUUAUGUAAAUGUCAGAAGUGCAUUACGUUUGGCAGUCGUUGCAAAGUGUGGUAGAUGGGGAUUGGACUUCUUGCAGUUGUAUAUUUUACAAGGGAAUUUGGAAUGCUCUUUUAUUUAUGAAUGGUAUGCAGGUUAUGUAUGUAUAUAUAUAUAUAUAUAUAUAUAUAUAUAUAUAUAUAUAUAUAUAUAUAUAUAUAUAUAUAUAUAUAUAUAUAUAUAUAUAUAUAUAUAUAUAUAUAUAUAUAUAUAUAUAUAUAUAUAUAUAUAUAAGGUGAGAUUAAAAUCAUUAAUAUGUAUGUAUUGAUGAUUUGAUGGGCUUAAAGCUUGCAUAUCUUGUAAUUUAGAGGCUGUCAAAAUCCUGCAAUACCAGUUAUGACAGUGGAUGUCACCAUUGUGUUAUAGACUUCACUUAACUUCCUUUGCAUUCACCUAUAGCUUUAUCUUUAUAAAUUGUGAUAGAAGUACUUUAUUUAUUGUUUGGACUAUGAGCACUAGUCUACCUGUGGUCGUGACGCCUGCCCACCAGUACAGAGGCUACCACGUUCAGUGUGGUGCAUGACAGCACCACAGAUUAAUGAAAUAGAGUGUCACCAGGUGGCUUGUGGUGAGCUUGGUAUGUUGCCUCAUUAUACAAAACUAUCAGCAUCUAUUUUAUGUAAAUAAAUUUAUACUUUUAUCAUAAAAGUGGAGAGCACAGCUGUAUUGUAGAGAGGAGGCAUCCACACAAGUGCAGAGUACCACAUGAUGUGCAGGUCAAGUUACCUGGAUCACCUUACUGCUGCCAACAGCAGACAAGGUGCAGGGGAUUCUGGUCCUUGUGGUGAGAGUAUUCAGAGUAAGGAGUCUCUCAGAGAGGGUGCCAGACACUGUGCACCUCCUCUGAUCAUGAUUGCUUUAAUAUAUUUAUCUCACACAUUUGUAUAAAUCACUUGUGCAGUUGUAUGAUAUUUCAAUUGCUCACAAAGCACGACACAUUCCUCUAAGUAAUCAGUUUUACAUAAAUUAAAUGGAAUGUUCUUUAUCAAUUCUUUUAGAUCUAUUAAAGCUGUAUCCAAAAAAUGUCAUGUUAAAGUGUUGAACUUGAAUGUUGUUUUCACUCUCAACCUCAAACUUUUAUCCUGUGUAGUAUAAGUUACUUAGAGGAUUGUGGUACACUUCAGUGGAUGUGAGGGCAUUUGUUCACUGCUUGAAUACUGCAAAUAGAAGUGUGUCAGGUGAUGAACUGUCCUGCAGGAUGUGUAGCCAGUACUUUGUCACUAUCUUCACAUUUUAUACACUACAUAACUACAUCAUAAGUGAUAUAUUCUAUAGAUAGCUCAAAAUUGAAAAAAAACCUGCAUGUAUCUCUGUACCAGACACCCUUCAUAAAAGAUGGUGGGUGAGACGAGGUGUGUACAUGCAUACAUUCAUAUUCUUCAGCAUUCCAUCAUAUCUUAAGGCUCGUGUCCUUUUAGGGAAGAGAACCAGUCUUCUCCAGGUAUGUUGUGCAAGGGUCAGUUGUGUAGCAUUGCUGGCUUUCUGUGUCAGUGCCAGACAGCUCAUCUCACUUGUCUCUGCUGUGACCCAAAAGUAACUUAGAAUAAAUGACAGAGUUGCACAUCUGUAAUUUGUUUUCUUAUGGAGUGACUCAGCAUUCCACAUCACUGUGUGUGUCUCAAGUUUUUCUUGCCCAGUGUGGACCCAGGAGAAUUUCUAGGCUGUGAUAUGCAUAAAGGGGGAGCAGACAGGCAAAUGCAUUCCUGUUUUGUUGAAGCAUGGAAGUAAUGAAGCUGUUGUUUAGGCUUUUCUCCUUGAACCACCAUAGUUACUGCACUUUUUUUAUUUUCUACUAGUUUCACCCUUUUAUUCUUCAUGAUGUUUGAGUUUGUCCCUUGGCAGCGGUGGUGCCGCACUAAGUAGUCACAGGAGAAUUGCAUGUGGGCAUUUGGGAAGUCAUAUAUGUUGCAUAUACAAAGCAUGAUUUUUUUCUCUCUCUAAAAUACAAAUUUCUCUGUAAUGGUUUUGGUUGAGGUAACACUACUGUUGUAUUCCCUGCUUCUCUUGAAUAGUGACUAAGAGGGACAGAAUGAGAGGACCUGUGAUCACCUCUUUAUGUUUUAUUUGGCUAUUCCCUUUAAAGGUGAUCUUGUGGCAUGUAGAUCACUCUUUGUAGCUCACCUCAGGGAACAGAGGAAAGACUACCAGCACUGGCUGACAGGACACUUUAUCACUCAUCACUCAAUGACCUUAGUUAAAUACCUUGUUUUUAUAAAGUAUUCCUGACAGUGACAAAGCUAAGACAUUUAUGUAAGUGUACUACAAUCCAGUAAAUAUAUAUUUUUUUUUUGUUUAUAUCCAAACAGAUUUUUUUUUUCUUCCUCUCCAUGUAAAGAUGAGGUACUUAUUUUUUUGUUUUAUAUUUAUUUUAUUGUACAGUGGGAUGAUAGCAAAAUACUUUUGAUAUUCCAUGUGGAAACAUUAUAUCAAGUGAAACCUAAACAGUGACAGUAUGUAUUCUCCUGUAUAUUUUUGUCACUAUAUUUGUUUAACUUGUAAUUGUAGAGGACUUUGUAUUUUACUGUGUCAGGAAUCAGAAUUUCACAGUCAACUGGAUUCAAAUUGUAAGUAGAAGUUUACCCUGAAAAGACUAUAUUAUAUAUAUACCUUUAAGGACAGCUUUCAUGUGGUAAUCAGUAAACCACUGUUUAGUGGCUGCUGCACGCCUCCAGCUUAAAACAAUGAUUUAUUGUUGGCACUAGUAAUGUAUCAUCCAGCUGCUACUGUUGGUGGCUGUAAUGAAAUAGUGGCCAUGUACAAGCUUCCAUAGAAACACAAUUAACUUUUUGACUUGAGUGGCAGUCAGCGGUCACUAAAAGAUGGCUUGUAUGUAGCAGUUGGUCCUGAGUGUCUAUCUGUAAACCCUGUCAACCUUCUCCUUUAAAGUAUGUGUUGGGAAAUGUAUGUAUAUGAAAAAUUAAUUGUUGGAAUGGAGAAUGGAAAGACAAGGAAAAGCUACUGAUCGUGUCGUAUGGUACAUGUAUUUUGGGAGAUAAUGUGAGAGAAGCUGGACUUUUGAUGAGAAGGAAAGUCUAGUCUGGUUUAGUCCAGUCUACACUAGAGCCUAUUUUUGGAAACUCUCUCUAAUGAUUCCCAAGACAAUGUUCCUUUUGUACCUAUCUACAUGACCUUGUCCUUGAACUAUCUCACACAUACACCACUACUAUUUUCCACUUUAUUGAGCAUCAUGCUCUCUCACACCCAGUGUCUCUCUCACUCUCCAACAUGAGAGUUGUGCAGAGCAAGGAUUGCCAUGCUCUGAAAUACAUAGGUGGAGGCAGCUGUGGUCUUGACUUGAAAAGGGAAUUAAUUAUCAGAGGUUAUAGAUUGGCAGACUUUUAUUAUGUGGUGGCUGGUCUAUCCCAGAAGUGAGGUUGGCAUACUUUAUCAUACCAUAUGCCAUAUUCUGUAUCCUUUUCUAUAUUCUGUCCAACAGAGAUGCUGGACUUGGAACGUGCCCAUUCUUGUCUAUUUUUCCUCUAUUUUCCAAAUAGUGAUGAAAAUUUGCAGGCAUAAUGUCAGUUUACUAAUUGGAGGGAGCUAAGUGUGUAUGGAUGAGUGACAACUGGCACUAAGCUUAGUUCAACAGUUGGUUCUAAUUUAAAAAGUUUCAUUUGUCCAUGUUCUCUUAUACUGUAUGUUGCCUUGUCUGCCUGUUUUGUUCUGCAACACAUUGAUCAUAGUCAUCCUUAAAUUUAAGGGAAAACAACAUUGCUGCUGUAUAUAUAAUAAUUUUCAAUGUAAUCAAAGAUAAAGAUAAGAAUGCAAGACUUACAUCCAUCCCCACGAAAAGUAACAAGUGAUCAUUGCAUUACUUUUGUAACAAGUGUUUUCGAGAAUUCAGCAGUAGUGAUGUUCUCCUCUGGUUGGCAAAUGGGUAAGGUGACAAGCCAUGUAGUACUGGUAAUAAUUUAUUAAGAGAAGCAGGAUGAUGUACAAAACAAGAAUUUGGUAAAUUAUUUUUGUCAUAUUUCAUGUCAAUGAAUCAGUAUAUUUUGAGCUAUCUGUGGUGCUUAGAGAGAGAUUAAGGAAGAGAGGGGAUGUGUUGAAAAUUUAGUUAGAUGGAACUGUGAUGAGUGGUCUGUGGUGAGUAAAACAAUACUGUGGGUAUGUGAGCUGUGGUGUAUAGAGAGAGAGAGAGAGAGAGAGAGAGAGAGAGAGAGAGAGAGAGAGAGAGAGAGAGAGAGAGAGAGAGAGAGAGAGGGGGGGGGGGUAAAUAUGGGAGUUAAACAGCCGCUUUUCUAUGUUGAAUGGGAGUGUGGUGCCUGGCUUACGGUGAGUAGACCUUGUACAUUUUGUUGUAGGCACAGAACCACUCCUUCAGAUGAGCCAAUGCCAUGACCCACUAGCCAUACAGUUUUGUAACUAUCACAUAUUAUUCCUCCCAUCAGCAAGAGCAAUGUAACAAUUUAUCAAAUCUCACUGUUUGAUGUCAGAUUAUUUACAUGAAGAUCACAGCUGAUGAUAGUGAUGGAUGGAGUGUAACUGUUAACUUGCUAUCUUGAUAAAAACUGUAAUAAAAUGUUACAAUACUAGAAGUAAGAUUGCUUUCACAAGGGUAGAACUGCAAGUAGUGGAAACAUGGAAGAGUGGCAGUGCUGAAUCUGAAAGGGACGGUGAAAGUAUCCAUAAGCUCUCUCUUCAGUGUGUCUCAUGAUCCCUAUAAACCACAUGAUGUAGUAAUGCUGUUAUUUUUUACUGUAGAUUCAUAUCUCAUUGUAAUUUAUAUAAACAUCAAUGUCACACCUUGUAAGUGGCUGUAUAACUUAACUUUUGAUGUGGUUUAUAAGGAAAGUAGCCUGAAGACAGCCAGAGGUGGAUACAUAUAGACAAUUUUACCACCAAUGUCAAUCCUCAAAUGUAUAUAAAAAUUAAUCAUUUAAUAUUAAAGGAGUGUGAACAUCCAGCACUGCUAUUUGCCAAGGUUUGUCCUACUUUCCAUAGCCUCCACCUUCAUCCUUCUUCGUUAUGUCAUUGUGUCCACUCACUACUACCUGCAACAGACAGAAGCACCAUUACAUCUGGGAGCAAUAUAUAAGCUGAUCAAGUUUCUUGGUGGAACCUCAGCAAAAUUUCUUGGCUCUGCACACAUCAGAUGGAAAGGACCUCAAGUAGUGAAAAGAACAAGAGCUGAGAUGAGGAAUGGCUCUUAUUUUCACUUGUGGUGUAGAGUGCUAUAAUUGAAGCCAUGCUUGUAAACAUUUUAGACUUUGAUUUUAACCAAUAUCAUUCUCAUAAUGAACAGGCAGCUUAUGCUGUUUUCAUUAAUUAUGGUUUACUUGGCAUCAUAAAAAUAAAAUGUCUUAUGCAGAAAGCCAGUGAAUGCACUGACACUCAAAGAUACUUUAUAAUUACUCUUGAGGAACAACUUUUAUCUGCCAUGCAGAUAACAUGUAAGUUAAGCUCCUGAGAAAUAAAAGGCAUUACUGAAUAUAAUUUGUAUACCUCCUUAAUUGAUCACACCAAGAUUCUUGCCGACUUGCUUAAAUGCUUCAACUGUGCGGUCAACUUCUUCAAAUGUAUGUGAAGCAGAAAUUUGAACUCUGAUCCUUGCUGUUCCUUUGGGAACCACUGGGAAGCUGAAGCCUAUGACAAAGAUUCCUCUUUCUGUUGAAAAACAUCAACAAGUCACUUCCAACAAAAACAUCACAUUAAUAAACAUUUUAUCUUUUAAAGUAAUAAUUACACAAAAAAUAUAAUGAGUUUUUACUAGCUUCACUAGUUUUAGUUCAGAAUACUUAGUUACUGUCAAAAGAAAUUCACUAUAUGUAUAGUAACUAUUAACUGAAAAUAUAUUUAUGAAAAUAGAAAUAAAAUUAUUUAUGAAAAUAAAGAAAUAAAAUGAAGACAUUCAGAUAUCUGUGGAUGGUAACACCUUAUCCUUCAAAAUAAUAGCUACAACCUCUGUUAUUAGCCACUGCUUAUUUAACAUCUUGGGAAAAAACCCAAGCUUUCCAGUCUUUCUGAGGAAGGUAAUGCCCAUAAACUUAAUAUGUAUCAGUCAAUUUUUCACCUACACUUUUAAUUUACUUAGUUUUGUAAGACUGUCAGCCUCUAUACAUCAAGAAGCAAAUAAUGUGUACCUAACAUCUGGUCAGCAAAGACUGUAGCAAGACGAGCGUCUCCCAGCAUGACUGGACAGAUGGGAUGGUUUUCUCCAGCAAUAAUGAACCCGGCAUCAGUCAUCUGGGAUCUGAAUCGGUCUGUGCUGGCUUGAACUUUUUCAGCAUAUCCUGAACUUCCAAGGAGUAAAUCAAAUACCUGAAAAAUACACUGAAGUGUCAACACCAUCACCAAGAAACUAAAGAAAGAAUUAAGACAAAGUGCACCAAGAAACUAAAGAAAGAAUUAAGACAAAGUGUGUACUUGCUCAUCUAACAGCUUCCUACAAUUUAUGGUGUCUAGAGCAAAUCAUAAAAGCUUAAUCUGAAUCCCUAAAUUGUCCCUGGUUUUUAGAGAGUAAAACAGAAAGAUUAUCAGUCACAUAAUAACUUACAAUUCAAGAAUGCUAUUACCAUAUGUGGAGUAUUUGAUUUUCUUAAGAUCCAGAUGGAAGUUAUAAAUUCUGAAAUUAUUUUAUCCUACCUUAUUUACAUAUAUCUGAUGCCCUUUCUUAGACCUCUCCCAAGAGAUGCUAUGCCUAAAAAUUUCCAUUAAUUACCACCUUUUGUCAACAAACGUAUGAUAUAACCACGAAUGUAUUAAGACGACAGGAUUACUUUUAAGUCAGUGAUACAUGCAUUGCCAUUGCACAGAAAAUCAGCUUACCUUACUGGCACAGGCAACAACUGGUGGUGGCAGAGAAUUAGAGAAGAGGUAAGGUCUUGCUCGCUGUCGCAGAAGAGAGAUCAACUCUUUGGGCCCAGUGGUGUAGCCUCCCGCUGCUCCACCCAAUGCUUUGCCCAGUGUGCUGUUGAUGAUGUCCACCUUACCUGGCUGGAGACCAAAGUGUUCCUCUGUUCCCCUAAAGAAAGCAAUGCUGUUAGCUUCUAUGUACUGUAUACAAACUUGCACUUAAUAGAGCACUGUACAGGAACUUAAUAUCCAUCUUACCUUCCUGUUUUGCCAAAGAAACCUGUAGCAUGGCACUCAUCAAUAAACACCAUAGCAUUAUACUUCUCAGCCAAGGCACAUAUUUCUGGCAGAGGUGCCACGUUGCCAUCCAUACUGAACACCCCGUCUGUCACGAUGAGCUUCAUACGUGCAUCCUUAACCUCUUGCAGCUUGGCUUCUAGGUCUUGAGGGAGAAAUAUAACCAUAAGGUAAACAAACAUAUCCAGCAUUUAAGUGGUCAUGAAGUUUUUGUGUUAACUGUUGUGUGCAAAAUUUUAAUACAUUACAAGAUACAAUACUUAUUAUAUCCAACUGAGCCAUUAGCUAAAUAACAGAUCGAGCAUUCAACUGGCUGGUUCUCAGUGUCGUAAAGUUGUGGUAUUAAUUGUUGUGUGCAAAAUGCUAUUAAAUUUCAAUACAAGAUAAAAUACCUAUAUUGAGAUGUACAGAAAUACAGCCAUUAGCUAAAUAAACACAUCCAACAUUCUAGUGGCCAGUUCUCAGUUGACAUGUUAACUGAGUGCAAUAUAUGAUUAGAUUUCAACACAUACAAGAUACAGUACUCAUAUCCAACUGAGAUGUUCUAGUAUUGUACGUGGCAACAAAAGGCCACUGUAUGGGCCACAACUUAAUGCCAUCCAUUUACAUGUCACAAUGAGGAUGAAUGUUCGGUAAGGCUUGUAUGUAUGUAGUUUUGUCAUCCAUCAAAAAUGAACACAUGACAAAACCUUUCACUUUUGCACCUCACUUCUGCAGAGUUCAUGAGCUUCCAAUACAAUGUGCAUGGAGAUAACUUAAAUAAAAGGCAUUC